AUGGAAGUACGUGACUUGGACCAGUGGUCCAGCUCCGAGGAGGUGUUCGAAGCGGUGGUCACUGCCACAGGUGCUUCGAGAGAUUCCGUGAAGGUUGUUAGCCUCAGGAAGAGGUACGGCGGCUCCCAGAUGGCCCUGGUGUCCCUCCCUACUGGGUCCUCCCGCGGGCUACUGUCGUCGGGACGCCUAAGGAUAGGCAUGGUGAGCUGCAGGACCAGGGUCGCCGAUCCUAAAGUCCGGUGUUUCCGCUGCCUUUCAUACGGGCACAUGGCCAAAGAUUGCAAGGGUCCUGACAGGACAAAUUGCUGCAGAUGUUGCGGCGAAGCUGAUCACAAAGCAGUCGGCUGCAGUGCGCUUAUAUCUGCUGUUAGUGAAUUCACGAAGUUACUCACUGCGGGUAAUAGCGAAGGCAAGGAGGCUACGAAAGGCACAAAAUGA